AUGGCGGAAGAAUCACCGGACAACACCACCCCACUCCUACGCCGUCCGUGGUGGCGCGAACGUGUCACCAACGUCUCAUUCACCUCUUCUCUCCGCCUGAAAACCAGUAUAUCCUCCGAACUCAGCGGCGCAGUAGGCGACUUGGGUACUUACAUCCCAAUAGUCCUCGCUCUCACCCUCGUCUCCAACCUUGACCUCAGCACCACCCUCAUCUUCACAGCCCUCUACAACAUAGCCACCGGCCUCCUCUUCGGUAUCCCCAUGCCCGUUCAGCCCAUGAAGUCCAUCGCCUCCGUUGCCAUCUCCGAAUCCCCCCCCCUCACAGUCUCCCAGAUCGCCGCCGCCGGCAUCUGCACUGCCGGUACCCUCCUCUUCCUCGGCGCCACCGGCCUCAUGUAUUUCCUCUACACCUUCAUCCCCCUCCCCGUCGUCCGCGGUGUUCAGCUCUCUCAAGGCCUGUCCUUCGCCUUCACCGCCAUCAAAUACAUUCGCUACAACCAAGACUUCACAACCAGCAAGUCCACCACUGCCCGGUCAUGGCUCGGCCUCGACGGUCUUAUCCUUGCCCUUGUCGCACUUUCAUUUCUUAUACUCACCACAGGCUCCGGCGAAAUAUCUGACAAUGAUCCUGAACUACCCAUUAGUCCAUUGAACCGUUCCCGAAAUCGUGUUCAACGUAGAUUACGGUUUUUAUCGGCCAUUCCAGCUGCUCUUAUUGUCUUCUUACUCGGUCUGGUCCUGUGUUUCAUUCGAGAUCCAUCGAUUUUUAGUGAUAUUCAACUGGGUCCAUCGAAGUUUCAGGUAUUGAAAAUCACCUGGGAAGAUUGGAAAACUGGUUUUAUUCGAGGUGCGAUACCUCAAAUUCCUUUAUCAGUAUUGAAUUCAGUAAUUGCAGUGUGUAAACUGUCUGCUGAUCUGUUUCCCGAGAAGGAAGCUUCGGCCACGGUUGUGUCAGUGAGUGUUGGAGCUAUGAAUUUAGUUGGGUGCUGGUUUGGGGCAAUGCCGGUCUGCCACGGUGCCGGAGGGUUGGCGGGGCAGUAUAGGUUCGGUGGCCGGAGUGGCGCAUCGGUGGUGUUUUUGGGGUUAGGAAAAUUGAUGCUUGGAUUGCUUUUUGGGAACUCUUUUGUAAGAAUUUUGAAUCAGUUUCCAAUUGGGAUUCUUGGGGUUCUUUUGUUGUUUGCUGGGAUUGAGUUGGCUAUGGCGUCAAGGGAUAUGAAUAGUAAAGAAGAGUCUUUUGUGAUGUUGGUAUGUGCUGCUGUGUCACUGACUGGAUCUAGCGCUGCCCUCGGGUUUGUCUGCGGGAUUGUGCUGUAUUUGCUUUUAAAAUUGAGACAGCUGGAUUGCUCUGGUUUUGGGUUCAACUUAUCCAAGUCUAAAUCAAGUGUUGAUGAACAAUCUAGUCUCAACCCUUAG